AUGUCCGACAAAAUGAUCCCCGAUCUUCUUCUUGCGCGCCAGGAGAUGCUCGACAGACUUGAAGACCUGUCUAUUAAAGGCUUUUUGGAAGCAGACGACUCUCCCUCAUCAGGCACAGCAUCACUACCAACACCUGAAUCUGGUCACGCCGCGUUCGUGCCCCCAAUAACUGUGGAGGAACAUUCGUUCGAUCCUCAAGUCUUGUGGUAUGAGGACGAUGAUCAACAAAUCAAAGCUCCAGGGGCCCCCCUUAUGAAAGAUUUGGACUCUUUCACAGAAGGGACGGGGCAAGGGAGUUUUGACUCCAUCCCUGCUGCAUCUACUGACGAACACGGGCAACCUAUCUUCGUUCCUCAUUCCUUCUUGUUGGCACUACUCCCGCCAAGCGACACCUUGGUGGAAACAAUUGAAACGUGGCGUGAAAAUGUCCUCGAUGACACAUCACGUCCCAUCAAAAGACGUCGCUCUCGUUCCUUUGGGCGCGACAGCAACUCCGGACCAGAAAGACGGAUUCGCCGCCGUACUCAGUCUCUGCCAUCUUUUUGGGAACGGGACCCAUCCAUUAUCAUCGGAACUUCAUAUACGCGCAGCGAGCCAGACCCGCCUGAUUAA